AUGACGGGUGUCCACAGGAGAAGCAACCUCCGCUCCAGCAGGCUCAGAGCCACCAUAGAGAGCCUCCUGACGUCCUGCAUCACAGCCUGGUAUGCAGGAUGCUCAGCCGCAGACAGGAAGGCGCUGCAGAGGGUGAUCAACUCAGCCCAGGAAAUCACUGACUCCCCCCUGCCCAGCCUAGAGGACAUUGCUAGCUCUCGCUACACAAGCAUAGCCAAAGAAACUAUCGAGGACUCCCACCAUCCCAACCACCACCUGUCCCAACUGCUACCGUCAGGCCGACGCUGCGUGGUCGCAGCACGAACAUCUGGAAACAUGACAUCCCGGCGCCGCGUACUGGCAGUCUGCUUGUUCUUUGUCUCAGACACCUGCAAGACCUUUGGCAGUGGAGUUUUCCAGAACUUCAAUGGCAGCGCUUACUACAUGCGUUCCUCCUGCCGCUACUACCUGACCCACUUCACUCACGACAACUUUGAAUGCAGCAUCAUCGUACAGCGGGACAAAGAUUCUUUGUUAAUGUCUCGGGUUGAGAUUAUAAUCAACGGACUUAUAACAGUUCUGGAGGCCAAGAGCAUCACGGUGAAAUCUGAAAGUAUUUCUCUGCCUUAUGACCAAACUUAUCUGCAAAUAUUCGAUUACGGUGUCUACAAAAGACUGAUGAGCAAGUUGAUUCCUCUCACUGUCACUUGGAACAACGUCACUGGAGGAAUUGAGACUCUUUGGGUGGAGUUGGAGCAAGAACUUAAACCUGACACAACAGGACUGUGCAGCAGUAAUGGAAGCCAAGAGAAACCCACCUGUCCCGGGGAACUGAAAUUUAACGAAACGGGUUCUCCUUUUGCACCAAGCUGUUCCAACCCAAACCCGUCCUCCAGUGAGACGGUCCAAACCUGCGUCUGUAGAGACGGAAAAGUGCGUAAUGAUCGUGUAAAUGCAUCACAAUGCGUGAGGAGGUCCGACUGCCCGUGUGUGUUUGCUGGGAAGAUUUACCAACCUGGGACUAGCCGAAACACGAGGUGUCAGUCUUGCUCUUGUAACGGUGGGAAUUGGGUAUGCUCAGCAAACAUCUGCCCUCCAAAGUGCACCGUUGAAGGACAGUUUGUUGAGACAUUUGAUGGAAAGCCCUACACACUGCCUAAAAGAUGCAGAUAUGUAGUCUCAAAGGGCUCCAACUGGACAAUAAAAGCUGACUUUUCAGCUUCAGAAAUAGAAGUGACCAAAGUUGUAAUAGAACUUUUCGAGGAAACAUAUACAUUUGAAGACAAAAAAGUUAAAUUGAAGGAAAAGGAGAUUACAGAGUUCCAUAAAUCUGAUCAAGCUCUGGUUUUCUGGCAGUCCUCGAUGUUUGUUCUUGUCCAAACAUCUUUUGAUAUGAAGAUUCAGGUUCAGAUGUCUCCUAUAAUGCAGCUAUACAUCACUUUGCCUGGAAACAACAUUGAAACUCUGUCAGGUCUUUGCGGCAACGGCAACAACGACACAACAGACGAUUUCACUUCGAGCAACAACAUUAGAGAGAGCUCAUCUGGGCCUUUUGCUUUGUCUUGGGCUUAUGGUCUAACGGGAGGUUCUCAGUGCACCACAGAGGACAUACCUACUGUCUGUGUGAACUCCGCUGCUGUUUUGAUGUUUUUUGCAGAAAUAUUUGCAGCUGACAGAUGUGCUGCAUUAAUUAAUAAUAAAGUAUUUGCUGAAUGCCAUAGCUACAUCUCACCUGAAGCGUAUCGAGCAGAUUGCAUAAAAACAACCUGUACAUGCGGCAGCAACAAGGAGGAUUGUGUGUGCACGGCUCUGGGAAACUACGCUAAAGCCUGCACUGGUCUGGGUAUUAAACUUGGAGAUUGGAGGUCAUCGACCAACUGCACCAUCAGCUGUCAGACGAACCAAGUGUUCUCGUACAACAACGUGAUCUGCAACAGUACCUGCAGCUCCCUGUCUGGCAAUGACCCCCGCUGUGAAGUCAAGGACGAUCCAGUGGAGGGAUGCGGCUGUCCAGAGGGGACACACCUGGGUGACACAAACGUCUGCAUCUCAAAAGCUGAAUGUCCGUGUCAUUACCUUGGCGGUACAACUCCACCAGGACAAAAAGUUAUUGACGGUCUGCUAUGCAAUUGUGAAAAUGGUGAAUUGGAGUGCAGCAAAGAUUGUGGUUAG